CCUUUAAGAACCACGGUCACACUUCCACCAAGUCAGCUGAAGAGUAAAAGAAUUUAAAAGUUGAAAAAUAAAAACAAAGGUCCGCAAAAGAAUGCAAAUAUUCUGACCCUCGCCUUUAAAUAAGGAUACAAUCCUAGUUCUUAGUUAAUCCCUUCUAAAUUCACGUACUGCAGAUAGUAAGUUUAGGUCAUGGUUCGGGUCCUUUUCAUUCACCCGGAUUUGGGUAUCGGAGGCGCCGAGCGCCUGGUGGUGGAUGCUGCUCUGGCUCUCAAGGAGCAUGGUCAUCAGGUCAGCUUCCUGACGAACCACCAUGACAGCACGCACUGCUUCAAGGAGACUGCAGACGGUAGUUUCCCGGUCCAAGUUGUUGGCGACUGGAUGCCACGCGGACUGUUCGGAAGAUUCUACGCCAUUUGCGCCUACCUGCGCGUGAUCUACGCUGCGAUCUACGCCAGUUUCUUCAUGCCCCAGCGGGAGCAGGUGGACGUAGUGAUCUGCGACCUUAUUUCCGUUUGCAUUCCUGUUCUCCGACUGGCCCGCCAUCGGCCACGGGUCCUCUUCUACUGCCACUUUCCCGAUCAGCUGCUCAGCGCGCGCGAGGGCCUUCUGAAAAGGCUUUACCGGCUGCCCAUCAACUGGCUGGAGGAGCAUACCAUCGGACUGGCGGACAAGGUGCUCGUAAACUCAAAGUUUACUCUGCGCGUCUUCCAGGACACUUUUCGCAGACUAAGCACGGUGCCGGAUGUCCUGUACCCCUCGCUGCACACCCAAUACUUUGACCAGAUGCAGAAAAAGCUAGAGCAGCGGUCCGCCCUAUUGGAUGAGCCUGUGCACCCGCGAGUGCCGCGAAACGCGUUUAUUUACCUGGACAUUAAUCGGUACGAAAGGAAGAAAAAUCACGCCUUGGCCCUGCAUUCCCUGCGGCUGCUCGGUGACAUGCUGCCUGCCAUGGACUUCAAACGCUGCCGCCUAAUCAUCGCCGGAGGAUACGACACCCGCUGCAUGGAGAACGUCGAGCACUUUGCGGAGCUAGAGCAGCUGGCCGAGGAGCUGAAGUUGCAGGAUCACGUAGUGCUGCUGCGUUCUCCCACGGACGAGGAGAAGUGCCGCCUGCUUUUCGCCGCCCACGUCCUGCUGUACACGCCUGAGAACGAGCACUUCGGCAUCGUGCCGCUGGAGGGCAUGUACUGCUCAAAGCCAGUGGUGGCUCUGAACAGCGGCGGUCCCACGGAAACGGUGGUCAACACCUCGACUGGCUUUUUGUGCGAGAAGCAGGAAAAGAGCUUCGGCGGAGCGAUGUACCAGCUCUUCCGGGACGAACCGCUGCGCAUCAAGAUGGGCGACCAGGGCCACAAGCGGGUGCAGCAAAAGUUCUCCUUCCAGGCGUUCGCAGAUCGGCUCAAUGGUAUUGUCCAGGAGCUGGUUCCCAUUCCAAAGCAGUCGAGUACUAAGAAAACUGAAUAAAAUUCCAGUUGAAACAGCA